AUGAAUCCCACUACCAAGUCAUGCAGCGAGGUGCGGAACAUCAACCUUCGGGACAACAUCGACUUCCAGGAGAUGACCGAGUUCCACGACAGCCUGACCAGCAGCACCAGCGUCGAUUACCAGAGUGGUCACAACUACCACAACAACAUGGAUUGGCACCACGAGCUCGCCUACCAAGCCAUCGCCCAGUGGUCGACCUUGACCAUUGACGAGAAGAUGGCCGCUACGAACGCUCGCAACAAAGCCUUUGCCGACGCCCACAAAGCCAAACCCCAGAGCGACUCCACUCCUGAGCCAGGUCCCGUUGGCGAAAGUGACCGUGAGACCUUCAAGAUGGUCGAUGAAAAGCCAUCUCCUCCAUCACCUGGGUCAGUUCACGAGAACCCUCUCUCCUCAAUGAACGUCACGCACAGUCAUACCUCCACUGGCAGCAGCGAAGAUGACAACGAGGUCGCUGUCACUAAUCAGCAGACUUCUAGCCACGAGGACGACAUGCUGCCCGACUCCGCUCUUGCAAGAGAACUGCGUUUCCACUUUGACUGGCUCCCAGAAUAA